AUGAAGCUUUUCGUCACAGGAGCAACAGGAUAUAUCGGCGGCGAUGCGCUUUACGCCAUCGUCAAAGCUCAUCCCGAGUACGAAAUUACUGCUCUGGUCCGAAACUCUGACAAAGGUGCACAAGUUGCGGUCGACUACCCUAAGGUGAGGCUGGUCUACGGUGACCUGGACUCAUCUGAUCUCAUCGAAGAAGAGUCCCAGAAGGCAGAUGUUGUGUGUCAUUGGGCCGACGCCGACCAUGAAGGAUCAGCCAAAGCUAUCAUCAAAGGUCUUUCAGCAAGACAGUCUGAGACAUCCGGCUUCCUGAUUCAUACUUCCGGAACCGGAAUCUUGAUGUACACAGAUCUUGAUCAGAAGAUGUUUGGAGAAGAUGCUACAAAGAUCCACGAUGAUUGGGACAACGUCAAGGAGAUGAUCACUGGCAUCCCGGACCAUGCACCCCACAGAAAUGUCGACAAGAUAGUUCAGUCUGCCCGCGAUGAGGAUAACGUCAAGAGUGCCAUUGUUUGCCCUCCAUGUAUCUAUGGACCUGGAAGAGGUCCUGGCAACCAAACGAGCGUCCAGGUACCUUCGCUUGCUCGAUGCACUAUACAGCAGGGCCAAGGUAUCCAAGUCGGCGCUGGCAAAACCUUCUGGACUCAGAUCCAUGUCCAAGACCUGUCAGAUCUCUAUCUGAAACUUGUGGAAGCAGCUUCCAACGGUGGAGAGCCUGCUACCUGGAACGACGAGGGCUACUACUUCUGCGAGUCUGGUGAUCUUAUUUGGGGAGAGGUAGCGCGUCAAGUUGCCCGUUCUGCGAAAAAGCAAGAUCUCAUCAAGGAAGACGGAGUCAAGGAGUACUCAGCCGAAGAGGUCGAGAAGAUCAAGUCCUUCGGAUCUGCGCUGUGGGGAUGCAACUCCAGAUGCCGUGCAAUAAGAGCUGGCAAGCUUUUGGGAUGGAAGGCUAAAUCUCCUAGUCUGGAGAAGACUAUCGAUGCCACAGUCCUGGCCGAAGCGAAGAAGCUGGAAGUUGUUGUCGGACAUGCUAAGAUCGCUGCUGGAGAAGCAUAA